GUGCGCGCAUUUCUAGAUUUUCAGUUUGAAUUCUGAAUCGGCCGGUUGCGGUUUGUACACAAUUUUGUAGCGCUUGUCUAGUGGAAGUUGUAGAAAAGGACGACGCCCGCUCGAGGAAUAUCCUGAAAGUGGGAAUUUUUUUCUUAUUUUAUUUAAUUUUUUUAAUACACACAAAGAAAAAUGGUGCAAACAACAAAUUCUGUGAGCUCGAACAGCUCCAACAACAGCGUCAGCAACAGCAAUACUCAUAAGAAUAAUAUUGACGUUUCCCAGAUCCUCACUUUGGUACUGGAUAUAGUGACGUUACUCUUCAAAUUCUGGGUUGCUGUUGUAGAAUCCAUUAUCAAGUCAUUUAUACCGCAAGAAGUCGAUGUCAAAGGUAAGACCGUAUUGAUUACUGGCACCGGGCAUGGCAUUGGCAAGGAGCUGGCUUUGCAAUACAGCGCGCUUGGUGCCAAACUCAUUUGCUGGGACAUCAAUGAUGAAGCCAAUCAGCAGACGGUGAAGGAGAUUAAGGCAUAUGGCGGCGAAGCAUACGCCUAUACUUGUAAUGUCAUGAAGCGCGACGAGAUCAUCGCCUUGGCCGAGAAGAACAAGAAGGAACAUGGCUUUAUUAAUGUUGUUGUGAAUAAUGCCGGUAUUAUGCCAUGUCAUCCGAUAAUGGAACAAACAGAGACUGAGAUUAGAAAUAUGUUUGAAAUCAAUGUGUUGGCGCACUUCUGGAUCAUUCAAGCCUUCCUGCCCGACAUGAUUGCCCGCAACGAGGGUCACAUUGUCGCUUUGUCAUCGUGUGCUGGUCUCUUCGGUCUGCCCAACUUGGUGCCAUACUGUGGCACGAAAUUCGCCGUACGCGGUUUAAUGGAGAGUCUUAGCGAGGAAUUGAGACGCGCGAAUCCGCAAAGUAAUAUCAAACUGACCACCAUCUACCCGUACAUGGUCGACACAGGCCUCUGCAAGCGUCCACGUUACCGUUUCCAGUUGCCACUAUUCAAAUUGGUCAAGCCCACCGAUGCUGCAGCUAGCAUUAUUAGAGCACAACGCACUGGUCAAGAGCAUGUCAGCAUACCACGUGAUUAUAUAGUAAUCGAGAAAAUCGGUCGUCUGUUGCCACGUAAUGCGAUGCGUGUGCUGAAUGACUUCAUCGACACCGGUGUGGAUUCUGAUAAAUGAGAUGAAACGGCUGAAAAUGUGAAUAGAAUUGCCGCAUUUGAAUACGUUUUUUUUAAUUUUUUAUUUUUGAAUGAAUAUACCAAAAAAUAUAUGUAUGCAUAGAUUUUUAAGCAACCUGUGUGCAUAUGUUCAUUAUGUACAUAUGUACAAAAUAAUUAAAAUAAUUAAAAACAAUGAUUUUUUUUCGUAAAAGGUUA